AUGCAGAAAGCUAUUGUCAUCGAUCAAGUCGGGAAACCGGCCAUCUCGAUCAACCGACCCAUUCCCCAAGCCGGCUCCCACGAGCUCCUCCUGCGGGUCACGGCCACGAGUCUCAACCCAGCAGAUCAGAAGACCCGUGAUGAGGGGUUGUUCUUCAAGCAAUCCUCUCAAGUCCUGGGCCAUGAGCUUGCUGGCGAGGUGAUCGCAGUCGGCCGCGAAGCGGCUGCGGCUGGAUUUCUCCUCAGCGACCAUGUCUUCGCCCAGGCAAACUUCGCUCCGGGUCAGGUGUUGGCCAACGCUGGUGGCUUGCAGCAAUACGCCGUGGUGGAUGCCCGAUUUGCGGCCAAGGUGUCAGCGGCCGGCCUCACCGAUGAAGCUGCCGCGACGAUCCCCGUCUGCGCGAUCGCGGCCUUCAUCGCCCUGUUCCACUCCACUGGUUUGGCCCUGCCCGUCCCGGCUGCGACCCCGGCGUCCCAAGCAACGUCGGAGUAUCUGGACAAGUCUAUUCUCAUCAUUGGAGGUGGCUCGAACUGCGGCAGAUUCGCUAUUCAAUUUGCCAAACUAGUCGGAUUCGGUCGAGUCUUGACGACCGCGUCUGCGCGCAACCAGACUGAGCUGAAGCAACUCGGGGCGACCCAUGUGAUCGAUCGUCAUGCUGGGGACGAAGCCAUCGUCCAGCAGAUCCGGGAUCUCACCGGGGACGGUUUGGUGCACGUCUUCGAUGCAGUCAACUAUGCGCCGGAGCAGAAGCUGGGGCUUGCGGUUCUGUCGAAUGCCCAACGGGGCUGCUUGGUCACGCUCAAUAGAACCCCCGAAGCUGCGUUCAGUGCCGCUGAGAUUGGGCCCAAGGCGGCUGGAUUCGAGCACAAGAUGACGUUCGGCUUCAGUGCACUUUACCCGCAAAUCUCGAAGUUGUUUUGGAGUAGAGUGGCCACCUGGGUCAAGGAAGGAGCACUGCGACCGGUGCCCUUCAGUACUCUUCAGGGUUUGGACUCCACGGCUGUGAACAAGAUCCUGGACGGUUAUCGCGAUGGUCAAGGCCGGAAAGUGGUCAUCAACGUCUGAACCUGGCGGGGGUGCGCGGA